AUGUCUGAAUUCAACGUGUCCAGCGCCGAAGCCAUCAAACUCGAGACCGAGUACUCGGCUCACAACUACCAUCCUCUGCCGGUGGUGUUCGCCAAAGGCGAGGGUGCUCACGUUUGGGAUCCUGAGGGAAAAGAGUACCUUGACUUUUUGUCGGCGUACUCCGCCGUCAACCAGGGCCACUGCCACCCCAAGAUUGUCAAAGCUCUGUGUGAUCAGGCCCAGCGUCUUACUCUGAGCUCGCGCGCCUUCCACAACGACAUCUUUGGUUCUUUCGCCAAGUAUGCUUGCGAGUACUUUGGUUACGAGAUGCUUCUGCCUAUGAAUACUGGUGCUGAGGCUGUGGAGACUGCUUUGAAGCUGGCUCGCAAGUGGGGUUACCAGAAGAAGGGCAUCCCCGAGAACGAGGCGAUUGUUCUGGCCGCUACCGACAACUUCCAUGGCCGCACCAUUGCCAUUGUGUCCAUGUCGACUGAUCCCGAGGCUCGUGCUGAAUACGGACCGUAUGUGAAGAACGUUGGCCCCGUUAUUCCUGGCUCUGGCAAGCCUCUGCGCUACAACCGUAUCGAGGACAUCGCGGAGGCUAUGGCAGCUGCUGGCGACAAGAUCGCUGCGAUUAUUCUCGAGCCCAUCCAGGGCGAGGCGGGCAUUGUUGUUCCUGACGACGAUUACUUCCCUCGCGUUGCCGAGCUCUGCAAAAAGCACAAUGUCUUGCUGAUCGCUGAUGAAAUCCAGACGGGUAUUGCCCGCACGGGUAAACUGCUCUGUGUUGAGCACUAUGGCAUCAAGCCCGACGUCGUCCUUUUGGGUAAGGCGCUGUCUGGCGGUAUUACUCCUGCUUCUGCUGUUUUGUCCUCCAAAGAGAUCAUGCUGUGCUUUGGGGCCGGUACACAUGGCUCCACGUACGGCGGGAACCCGCUGUCUUCCGCAGUAGCCAUUGCUGCCCUGCAGGUCGUCAAGGACGAAAACCUGGUUGAGCGAGCUGCUACUCUUGGUGAGCGGUUCCGCAAGGGCCUUGAACCCCUGUUGGAGACCGGAAUCAUUUCUGAGAUCCGCGGCAAGGGUCUGCUCAAUGCCGUGGUUGUCGACAGCUCUAAAGCCAACGGCCGAUCCGCAUGGGACCUCUGCUUGCUUUUGAAGGAGCAUGGACUACUUGCAAAGCCUACUCACGACACAAUUAUUCGUCUGGCUCCGCCCCUGGUUAUUUCCGAGGCCGACAUCGACCGCGGUCUUGACAUCAUUUCCAAGUGCGUCCGCGAGCUGCCCAACGCACCCAAGGCCGAGGGCCAUUAA